ACUUGUUAAAACGUUGCGGAGAAUGAUUUAAGUGAAGUCUACAGUAGUGAGAGAGGCCUCAAUACAUCGACGUUAUUUACACAGUGUGACAACAACCAUGUUACGGAUCGUCGGCUUAGUUCUCGCUUGUGUCGUCGUCAUUUCUUAUACAACUUUCGUAGUAGAGGCAGUUGUCCGAUUUAGAAAGUGCAUUCUCUACUUUCAAAAUGAGAAUCUGCCAGAAAUAGAAAAUGGUGACCGGUUCUGUUAUCAAAGUGAAAGGAUAAGAUUCUGUCGGGAAACAUCUUGUCCUACCUUAUCUUGUGAUAAUCCCCAGCCACCAUCAAUCAUAAACCAAAGUAACUGCCAAUUUUGCCCAGGUCAGUGCGUCCAUGGUGGCAAGGUGCAAACAGUUAAACAGCAAUUCAGACACACGGAUGGAGUAAACUACUGCACCUGUCACGAGAAUAACAUGAUCACGUGUUCUAAGUUACCAACCAACGAGCAGAACUUGUGUAACUAGUAUGAACGAUUCCAUUUAUCUGUAGACAACGUGGUGAUUUUCUGGUUUCCCUGUCGCUAUCGUCUAUCAGACGUUACGUUUUCACCUUCACUCGAUUUUGUUCAGAUGUUCAUCAUUUCCAUUUAUUUUUGUAAAGAACGUGCAUUUAAAUAGCAAAUAAUUAAAACGCCUUUCUUGUGCCUUCUAGCUUUAAAAAAUCGUUUUCACUGACAGAUAAACGAUGACAUACUAAAAAUGUAUGGAAUAUUAUCCAAUGUAUAUAUUCAAGUAUAUUUGGAAUUAAAGUAUUUU